CAUCAUCACACCUAUAAAUUCCAGUAAUACUAUCCCAAUCCCACUAUAACUUCGAUCAAUCCCCCAUAAGCUAAAAUAUCAAUACAAAAAGAAAUAAAGAGAGGAGUAAUAAUAUAAUUAAGUAACACAUCAUCGACCCCCACCCAAAAACCUAUAUAUCACUGAUCAUUUAGGAGGCUUAGUUAUUUAUUGUUGAUAUAUAUACCAUUAUUAUUAUUAUUAUUAAUUAGUACGAGUUGCUGAUCGGGUACUACUAUAUAUAUUUAUUAUUACCAUCAGAUCAUCAUAUGGAUGUUGGUGAUUAAGAGUCGUCGUCGGCCGGUUUAAUUAGACCAUAAAUAUCCAUCUUUGGUUUAUUAAUAUUAGUAUGUAUAGGAUACGACGCACUAUACUAUAAGAGAUAUAUAGAUCAUAUCAGACGUAGUAUAUAUAGUUACGUAUACGCCAGUUUAGCAGCUAGAGAGCGACGACGUAUAUAUAUAGCAGGCAAGGCAAGGCAGGUCGAAUGGCGGCGGCGGACCGGAUUACGUUGGAAGAUAUCAAAAACGAGAAUGUCGAUCUUGAACGUAUACCAGUGGAGGAGGUAUAUCAGCAUCUGCGUUGUACCAAAGACGGGUUAUCAACAGAGGAAGCUGAACAUAGGCUUCAAGUCUUUGGGCCAAACAAGCUUGAAGAGAAAGAGGAAAGCAAGCUGCUGAAGUUCUUGGGGUUCAUGUGGAACCCACUGUCGUGGGUGAUGGAAAUGGCUGCUCUCAUUGCGAUUGGCCUGGCAAAUGGAGGGGGGAAGCCACCAGAUUGGCAAGACUUCAUAGGAAUAGUGGUUUUACUGAUCAUCAACUCCACUGUCAGCUUCAUUGAAGAAAACAAUGCUGGCAAUGCUGCUGCUGCUCUCAUGGCUGGUCUUGCCCCCAAAACCAAGGUACUGAGAGAUGGGAAGUGGUGUGAACAAGAUGCAGCCAUUCUGGUUCCAGGAGACGUGAUAAGCAUCAAGUUGGGAGAUAUUGUGCCGGCGGAUGCCCGUCUUCUCGAAGGGGAUCCUCUCAAGAUUGACCAAUCCGCGCUCACCGGUGAAUCCCUGCCCGUCACCAGAAACCCAGGAGAUGAGGUCUUUUCCGGUUCCACCUGUAAACAGGGCGAGAUCGAGGCGGUGGUUAUUGCCACCGGCCUCCACACCUUCUUCGGCAAAGCCGCUCAUCUCGUAGACAGUACCAACCAAGUUGGUCACUUCCAGAAGGUCCUGACCUCCAUUGGCAACUUCUGCAUCUGCACCAUCGCUUUGGGGAUCGUCGUCGAGAUCGUGGUGAUGUUCCCCAUCCAGCACCGGAGAUACAGGGACGGAAUCGACAAUCUGCUGGUUCUACUCAUCGGAGGUAUCCCGAUAGCCAUGCCGACCGUCCUGUCAGUGACCAUGGCAAUUGGGUCCCACCGCCUCUCCCAGCAAGGCGCCAUCACCAAGCGGAUGACCGCAAUCGAGGAAAUGGCGGGAAUGGAUGUUCUCUGCAGUGACAAAACCGGAACCCUGACCCUCAACAAACUCACGGUUGAUAAAAAUCUGGUGGAGGUUUUUGCUAAGGAUAUGGACAAAGAAACCUUAGUGCUUCAGGCGGCCAGGGCUUCGAGGGUGGAGAAUCAGGACGCCAUUGAUGCUUGCAUCGUUGGCAUGCUAGCUGAUCCUAAGGAGGCUAGGGCUGGGAUUGAGGAGGUUCAUUUCCUUCCUUUUAAUCCCGUGGAGAAGCGCACAGCGAUCACUUUCAUAGACUCCAAAGGGAAUUGGCAUAGGGUCAGUAAAGGUGCACCAGAGCAGAUUGUGGAACUUUGUGAGCUGAAAGGUGAUGUAAAGAACAAAGCUCAUAGCAUUAUUGACAAGUUUGCUGAACGUGGUCUUCGCUCUCUUGCUGUCUGUCAACAGACGGUACCAGAAAAGACCAAGGAAGGAAAGGGAGGACCCUGGAUCUUUGUUGGUCUAUUACCUCUAUUUGAUCCACCAAGACACGACAGCGGGGAGACAAUCAAGCGCGCCCUAGACCUCGGUGUGAACGUUAAGAUGAUUACUGGUGAUCAGCUAGCUAUUGCUAAGGAGACUGGUCGACGACUAGGCAUGGGGACCAACAUGUACCCUUCUUCCUCUCUUCUUGGGCAACACAAGGACGCCAGCAUAGCCACCCUCCCUGUUGAAGAGCUCAUUGAGAAAGCUGAUGGCUUUGCUGGAGUUUUUCCAGAGCACAAGUAUGAGAUUGUGAAAAAGCUACAAGAGAGAAAGCACAUAUGUGGGAUGACAGGAGAUGGUGUAAACGAUGCUCCAGCUUUGAAGAAAGCAGAUAUAGGCAUUGCAGUGGCAGAUGCAACAGAUGCUGCACGGAGUGCCUCUGACAUUGUCCUCACAGAGCCUGGCCUAAGUGUCAUUAUUAGCGCAGUCUUAACCAGUAGGGCAAUUUUCCAGAGGAUGAAAAAUUACACGAUUUAUGCAGUUUCCAUAACUGUCCGUAUCGUCCUUGGUUUCAUGCUCAUUGCCCUCAUCUGGGAAUUUGACUUUUCUCCCUUUAUGGUCCUCAUCAUUGCCAUUCUCAAUGAUGGAACCAUCAUGACGAUCUCAAAAGACAAAGUGAAGCCGUCCCCAAUGCCUGACUCCUGGAAACUCAGAGAGAUUUUCACCACUGGUAUCGUUCUUGGCACAUACUUGGCAGUCAUGACAGUAAUCUUCUUCUGGGCUGCUCACCAGUCAGAUUUCUUCACAGACAACUUUCAUGUGAGAUCAAUCAGGGAUAGUUACCCUGAGCUUAAUUCAGCUCUAUAUCUUCAAGUGAGCAUUGUGAGCCAAGCACUUAUCUUUGUCACUCGGUCAAGAAGUUGGUCUUAUGUAGAACGCCCCGGUCUAUUGCUAGUGGCUGCUUUUCUAGUAGCACAGCUGAUUGCUACUUUGAUUGCCGUAUAUGCAAACUGGGGAUUUGCUAAUAUCCAUGGCAUUGGCUGGGGGUGGGCUGGUGUGAUCUGGAUCUACAGCAUUAUUUUCUACAUCCCGCUAGAUAUCUUGAAGUUCAUCAUUAGAUAUGGACAGACAGGCAAGGCUUGGGACAAUUUGCUCAACAGAAAGACUGCUUUCACAAAUAAGAAGGAUUACGGGAGAGGAGAAAGGGAAGCGCAGUGGGCCAUGGACCAGCGCACAUUGCAUGGACUUCAGUCAUCAGAUGCUUCUCAGAUUUACAGUGACAAAAACCAUACAGAACUGUCUGAGAUUGCAGAACAGGCCAAAAGACGUGCUGAAGUUGCAAGGUUGAGGGAGCUUCAUACAUUGAAGGGGCAUGUUGAAUCGGUGGUGAAGCUCAAGGGUCUUGACAUUGAAACAAUCCAGCAACACUACACUGUUUGAGGAUGGAUGGAGAUUUGAGGAUAUCAACAAGUGGGAAGCCCAUUUUUUCCAUCCACUAUUUUUUGACACAUUCUUUAUCCACAGCUGAUAAUGACGAAGGGGGUUGACAAUAAAAUCCAACAGAGAAUGUUGGGACUGGGUUUUUUCUAAAGCAUUUAGAGAGUAGGUUGUAGAAGAUUCAUUAAAAAACUCAUGUCUAAGAUUCUCUCAAACAAUUAUCUUUUCUUCCCUGCUAAUAAAUGGAUUCAUUUGAUCAAAUGUCCUUGCAAUAUUGGUAUUCUUUAGUAAAUGUAAAUGUACUAAAGUUAAAUAUCCAGUGUAAAUGUAAAAUUUGGAGCUCACAAACUCUUGUCUCAA